AUGAUUACUGCCACAACAAAUUCCAAUGACAAUGACAACGAGAAUGAGAAUGAGAAUGAGAAUGGCAACGGCAACGGCAACGGCAACGGCAAUUGCAAUGACAAUGACAAUGACAAUGACAAAGACAAAGACAACGGCAACGGCAAUGGCAAUGGCAAUGGCAAUGGCAAUGGCAAUGACAAUGAGAAUGAGAACGACAACGGCAACGGCAACGGCAACGGCAAUGGCAAUGGCAAUGACAAUGACACUGAGAAUGAGAAUGAGAAUGAGAAUGAGAAUGAGAAUGGCAACGGCAACGGCAACGGCAACGGCAAUGGCAAUGACAAUGACAAUGACAAUGACAAAGACAACGGCAACGGCAAUGGCAAUGACAAUGGCAAUGACAAUGGCAAUGACAAUGACGAUGACGAUGGCAAUGACAAUGAUAAAGACAACGGCAACGGCAAUGGCAAUGGCAAUGGCAAUGAGAAUGAGAAUGAGAAUGACAAUGACAAUGAGAACAACAAUGGGAAUGAGAAUGAGAAUGAGAAUGAGAAUGAGAAUGAGUCCCACAUGCACACCAUCAGCGGACACACAAACGUGGCUGCACAACGUGCAUGCAAGGUCAGCACGGGCCGCGGGCAUGACUCGGAUGCGCUGCAAUUACAUCCGCACUCACAGGCCGAACCACUCGAUGACUUCUCCAGACACCCAUUGCCCCGGCUGCAAUGUUUCUGCGUCGCGUCUAGUAAGCACAAGCCAAUCAUUGUAAUGGGCAUACGGCAUCUCGAGUUCCGUGAAGGCUUCCAACCGAGCCGCCUCGCCACGGGAGGGCUCGUCUCCCUCGGGCUCGUCUCCCUUGGGCUCCUCUCCCUCGCUCUCGUCUCCCUCGGGUUCGUCUCCCUCGGGUUCGUCUCCCUCGGGCUCGUUUCCCUCGGGCUCGUCCCCCUCGUGCGCCAUGCGCAGCAACGGGGUUUGCUUAAUUCGCGGUGA